AUGAGCCCCGGGGAGCUUUGGGAUGGCUCUGGGUGGGGAUAUCUCCCUCCCAGUGCCAAACUGGUUUAUACUGGUGCCCUCCCAGUCCACGCCUGGGAGCACAGGAGGGCGCUGGUGGCCCAGGACGACCCCGACGCCGAACUGGCCUUCGCCGGGUCCCUCCUGAGCCGCGACUUCUCCAACUUCUCGGCCUGGCACCACCGCCUGCGCCUGCUCAGGCCCGGCCCGGGGGGUUCUGGGGCGCCCUUGAGCCCCCAGAGGAUGAGGGAGGAGCUGGAGCUGGUGCAGAACGCCGUCUUCACCGACCCCACUGACCAGAGCGCCUGGGUCUACCUGCGCUGCAUCCUCUCCCGAGCCACCUCCCCGCCGAGGAUCAUCUGCGUGUACGUCGACCGCGAGGACGCCGCGCUGGCCGUCGUCUUCUCCCGCCCCGUCCUGGUGAGCCCGGAUAGACCAGACCUGACGGCGACCCUGGAUGGCUCCGUCCUGGAAGGGGCGUGGCGCUCGGGGGAGGGGCGGCCACGCCCCUCCCAUACCUGGAUCCUCGACCUGCCCCGCCCUGCUGAGGCCACGGCGCCCACCCAGCGGCCACGCCUGCAAGUGGGCGUGACCUGGGCCCCUGACUCCACCCACUGUGAGGUCACGCUGCUCCCAGACCAGGACGAGGCCUGGUGGCAGGAGCCAAUCGUGGCCCGGGAGCUGUUUUGGCCCGAGGUGGGCGUGGCCUCGCCGCAGGUGCUGCAGGAGCAGGUGUCCACCUGCCGGGAGCUGCUGGAGCUGGAGCCCCGCAGCCGCGGCUGCCUCCUCACCCUGACCCUGCUGCUGUCGGCGCUCGACCCGCUGGGCCACGCCCAGGAAGUGCGGCGGCACCUGCGGAGCCUCCAGGAGGCCGACCCGCUCCGAUUGGGCUUCGUGGCCGACGUGGCCUCGCGAUUGGAGGCGGCGCUGGGGGUGCUGGGAUUGGGGGCGGGGCCUGGACCGCUUUGGCUCCGCCUACCAAAUAAG